AUGGAGGUUCGAGCUGUGACUUUUCUACUUUUCAUGGGGCACUUAGCGUCAGCUGCAAAGUUGGGCGUGGUGCAAACUGAAGGUGGCGCUGUAGAGGGCCGCAGUAAGAGCACUGGUCUCUUCAGCAGUGUGGACGUUUUUAAAGGAAUCCCCUUCGCUGACGUCCCCCAAAGAUGGGAGAAACCCAAACCUCACCCAGGAUGGAAUGGUGUGCUGAAGGCGACUCAGUAUAAGGAGCGUUGCCUUCAGAUCAACCUGCUACAAACCAAGACCCAAGGCUCCGAGGACUGCCUCUACCUUAACAUCUUUGUGCCGCAGGGAACCAAGUUGUCCCGGAACUUGCCUGUGAUGGUGUAUCUUUUUGGGGGUGCGUUCCUGCUGGGGGCCUCUAAUGAUGUGGAGUUCCUGGGUCAGUCUCUGUACGAUGGAGUGGAGUUGGCCGACAGAGGAACCGUCAUUGUGGUCACAGUUAACUACAGAGUGGGGACGCUCGGCUUCCUCAGCAGCGGCGACCACCGGAUGCCAGGGAACUAUGGCCUGUGGGACCAGCAUGCUGCCAUCUCCUGGGUCAAGAGAAACAUUGAUAAGUUUGGAGGAAACUCAGACAACUUGACCAUAUUUGGGCAGUCCGCCGGAGCUGCCAGUGUCAGCUAUCAGAUGCUGUCUCCGUACAGCAGAGGCCUCUUUCGCAGAGCGAUCAGUCAGUGUGGGGUGGCUCUGAGCCCAUGGGCCCAUCAGAGAGAGCCCCUCAGCCUCCUCAAGAAGAUUGCCAGUAAAGUGGGCUGCUGGCGGACAGAUGUGGACUUGAUGCUGACGUGCCUGAAGAUGACGGACCCAGUGGGACUCACGAUGGCGGGAAAGAUCGACAUCCUGCUGCUGCUCGGACAAGGCGUGGUGAUGGAUCUCUUGGAGCUGGCCCCAGUGGUAGAUGGAGACUUCAUCCCAGACGAGCCCAGUAAACUGUUUUCCAACACGGGCCAAUUCGACUACAUGGCAGGGGUCAAUAGCAUGGAUGGACAUAUCUUUGCAGGAGUCGAUGUGCCGUCAAUCAACCAAAACGAAGCCAAUACCACGCAGGCUCAGGUGCGCGCGGUCCUUGCCGGUCUCACCAAAGAGAAGUCUGGACCAAUUCUGGAUCGGGCUGAGGAGCUGUACUCAGCGACUUGGGGCUCUCCUCCAGAUCCGUCCAAACUGAAGAAGAGCGUGGCCGACAUAGAGACGGACUUCCUGUUCCUGGUGCCCACUCAGAUCGCCCUGAAGCUGCACGCCAAAUACAGCAGUGGCGGGCGGACUUACUCGUACCUGUUCAACAUGAAGACCCGUAUUCCAGGGUUUCCCAAGUGGGUGGAAGCAGAGCAUGCGGAGGACCUGCAGUAUCUGUUUGGAAAACCCUUCUCCUUCUCUCUGGCCUAUUUUCCCCGACACCGCGACCUCUCCGGAUAUAUGAUCAAGUACUGGAGCAACUUUGCCCGCACUGGUGAUCCCAACAUCGGGGAGAGCAGAGUUCCCGUCCAGUGGCCCAGAUUCACCAACAGCCACCAGCCGUACCUCACCAUAAACCACAGAAUGUCCAAGUCCUCUGUCAGCUAUGACCUCAGAGCGGACUAUGUUCACUUCUGGACCUCCACCUACAGCAACCAGACCAUCACACAACUGAACCAGGACUGA